UUGGUAUUCAUCAUCAUUCCACGCAUGGCCUGUGUUGUGGUGAUAAAUUGAAACCCUCGACAAUUAAUUGUAUUUGUACAUGUGAAAGAGUGAAUAAAUUAGGGUAGAUCAAUAUUUUCAAUUAAUUUUUAAUUAUAACCAAAAAAAAGAAGUUUGGAAGGCGUCUAUGCUUUAUGUUACGUGAUGAGAUUACGUGUAACAGAAAGAUAUUUGAAAAUAUAGCAACGAGAACCUUCACAAAGUUUGUGAUGAAGUCCAAGAAUCCAAGUCAUUUCACAUUUUUGGACUUAAUUUUAAUAGAUUCAAAAAAUCACAUCGCCAAGUGGACGGAGUGGUGUCUAAACCCUUGGAAGAUUCAAGAUUAAUUUGGGGACGUUUUGGAUGCGAAUAUGGCUACUGAUAUGCUUCCGUUUGCUGGUUUGGCUACUGCCAUUUGCUGUUGUUUGUGUUGCUCUACAUUUUUGCAGUAUAGUGAGCUUGUGGUUUACUGGGCUGCUGAUCAAUCGGGUUUGGGCUAUUUGGAAGUCUUUUGACAUGUAGGGCCCAGUUUUGAGUUUGCUGGCGUUAGACUCUUUCUCGUCAUGAUUGGUUCCCCUAAUCUGAUUAUUACGAGUAGACGUCCAGUGCCUUAGCUGAUGGUUUCCGAGUUCACGGGUGCAGCCAACGUAGCAAUGUGUAUGUUGUGUAUAUGGGACACAACACUCUAGAUGACACAGCUGCAUACAAUCUUCAUAUGGGCAUGCUACAAGAAGUCGUUGGCAGGGAUGCAGAGAACCAUUUGCUUCAAAGAUACACUAAAAGCUUCCAUGGAUUUUCGGCAAGACUUACAAAAGUGGAGGCACAAAAACUUUCGGAAAUGGAAGGGGUUGUUUCAGUGUUUCCAAGUAGACAUAGCAAAGUGGCAACAACCACUUCAUGGGACUUCUUAGGGUUCCCACUUGUAGUCAAUAGAUCAACAACCGAAAGCGACAUCGUCAUUGGAGUGUUUGACACCGGAAUCUGGCCGGAGUCACCCAGCUUUUCUGACCUUGGAUAUGGUCCUCCUCCUGCAAAAUGGAAAGGCAUUUGCCAAGGAAAUUUCACUUGUAACAACAAAAUAAUUGGAGCAAGAUACUUCAAAGCAAGUGGAAGAUAUGAUCCUAAAGAUAUACCGUCGCCAAGAGACUCUGAUGGUCAUGGAACCCACACUGCAUCCAUCGCAGCCGGAAACAUAGUGAGGAAUGCAAACCUACUAGGUCUCCGUGCAGGAACAGCCCGGGGGGCUGUGCCCAGGGCCAGGAUUGCAGUCUAUAAAGUGUGUUGGACAAGUGGGUGUUCAGAUGUCGAUAUACUUUCUGCUUUUGAAGCUGCAGUUGCUGAUGGUGUUGAUAUUAUCACUAUAUCAGCGGGCCACAAAUAUGCUUCAUGGUUUUUGGGAGACGUUAUAGCUAUAGGGUCUUUUCAUGCCAUGAAGAAUGGGAUACUGACUGUACAAUCUGCUGGGAACGAUGGACCGAGACCACAAACAACCAGCAGUGUUGCUCCAUGGAUUCUUUCAGUGGCUGCUAGCAGUAAAGACCCGGAUUUAGUUACCCCAGUAAGACUAGGCAAUGGUGUGGUUAUUGAUGGAGUUUCAGUAAACUCAUUUAAACUUGACGGGAUGUAUCCUUUAGUUUAUGCUGGAGAUGUCCCAAAUACAAAAGCAGGUUUCAAUAGCUCGAUAUCAAGGCUUUGCAUCAAAAAUUCAUUGGACAAGAAUCUAGUGAAAGGUAAAAUAAUAUUAUGUGAUGCUAUAUCUACCGGAGAAGCUGAGAUAUUGGCUGGUGCUGUUGGGUCUUUAAUGAGAUACCCGGGACCUUUUUUUGAAAUUAUUGUUGCAUAUCCUCUGCCUGUUAGUGUCGUGAACAUCGAUCAAGCAACUUCUAUUCUUCAAUACAUACGAUCAACAAGAAAUGCAACUGCAGUUAUAAUGAAAAGUGAAGAUGUCAAUAAUUCGUCUUCCCCAUAUGUUGCUUCCUUCUCAUCAAGAGGUCCAAAUCCGAUACAUCAAAGCAUCCUUAAGCCGGACAUAACUGCUCCUGGGGUAAGAAUUCUUGCAGCAUGGUCACCUGUGUCUCCAAUUACCCAACUGGAAACAGACCGCAGAGAGCUGCCUUUCAAUAUGAUAUCAGGGACCUCGAUGUCUUGCCCGCACGUUAGUGGGAUAGCUGCAUAUAUAAAAACAAUGAACCCAACAUGGUCUCCUGCAGCCAUUAAGUCUGCUCUUAUGACAACAGCGUCCCCUGUAAAUGCCCAGAUCAAUACAGACGAGGAAUUUGCAUAUGGAUCUGGCCAGCUUAAUCCAAUGAAAUCAAUGAAACCUGGUCUGGUAUACGAUACUGAUGAGAUCGACUAUGUUAGCUUUUUAUGCCAAGAAAGGUAUACCACCGGACAAGUAAGAAUCAUUACCGGGGAUAACAGUAGUAGUUGCUCUCAGCUGACAGAGCAAACCAUGGAUCUAAACUACCCUACCUUUGUAAUCCCUGCAUUGCGUAGCGAACUCAUUGAUGUGAGUUUUAACAGGACUGUCACAAAUGUUGGUUCUGCAGCAUCUACAUAUCGACUUCUGAUAACCCAACUACGUGGUAGGAAUUCACAGAUAGUUGUUGAACCAAAUGUGCUUCGGUUUAAAGAAGUUGGGCAGAAAUUGUCGUAUACAUUGUCUGUGCAAGCAACCAUAGGGCCACUAGACAAUCCAAUUGUUUCUGGGGCUUUGACAUGGGAUGAUGGAGUGCAUCAAGUGAGGAGUCCCAUCGUUGUGCAUGUUCCAUGAUACCUAUCGAUCAAACAUCUGAUGUAGUAAAUGAUAUUUUUCCACAUUAAUCUUAAUCUUGUCUUAUAUCGUGUCGGAUAUGCUAGUUUGUUCAAUUCGUCGGAUAAUCGUUGGUAUGUAAUGAAACCAACUAAACUACAAAUUUAUUUCUAUUGAAUCAAAUCAGUGUAUAUGUAUCCUA